AACUACCACCCACCUACUUGUCUGAGAGGUUUAUAAUCGGUAGACUUCACUUUUUUUUUUACUUGUCUUUCAGUCUUCAUAGAGGAUUACUGGUGAACUUCAUGCUUUGUUCACGAUGAACAGAAACACACAGCAGCAGACUGUCGCUUUCAAAAAUCCAAAUCCUUCUUUGUCUGCAGUUUCAGAGGUAUGUGAGGAAGUCGACUAUGUUAACGCAGCAGUUUCCACUGUGGACAAAACACCAGCCGUCAUGGAUAAGAAGCCUCACUCCUUAACUCAGUCUAUUCCAACAAUAGCAGUGAGUUGGAUGAUACUCUCUGUGAUUUUGGCCCUUGAUAUCUACUUUACAUCUGUCAUUGCUGAAAACAACACCAAGCUGACUGAAGAAAACCAGGAGCUGGAGACACAGAGGAACAACUUAACACAACAAAUAGAGAAGGAGGAGACAGAGUGGAAUGAGCUCAACGUCACUCGAGCUCAGUGGAGUAUUGAUGCCUACUGCCCCAUAGAAAGAGACAAAAGACAUUGUAACGCUUGUCAGGCUGGAUGGCUACACAACACGUCCAGCUGCUAUGCCAUUAAUAACCCUGGUCGUGAUGAACAGAAAAACUGGAGAGAAGCUCAAGAAAACUGCAGAGGAAAGGCUUCAGAUUUGGUUGUUGUAGUUGAUGAAAAAGAAAAGGAAUACAUCAGUGAUCACAGCUGGGAUAGUUCUGGAACCAGAGGAUACUGGAUUGGCCUGAGAGUUGAAGAUGGGAGAUGGAAGUGGGUCGAUGGAAGUGAUCUGACUAAAGAAUCCUGGAUAGGACGUCCUGAGAAAGAUCACUGUGCAAUUUCUGUUCUCAAAGACAGAGGAUGGAAAUCAGUGAGCUGUAGUGAGAGAAACCGAUGGUUCUGUGAAAAGGCAGCUUUAUCUGUUUAAACGCUGCAGUUAAACUUGAGAAGGUCACUGUCUGUAAAGAUUAAUCACAUGUCAGAUAAUAUCCACUUGUUUAUAAAUAUCUAAUAUGAAUCUACUUCUGAUCACAAUUUGUAUUUCUAAAAUAAUAUUUUAUUUUUCUCAGAAAGCUUUUUUUUUCAAAGAUGUUUGUGUGUGUGUGUGUGUGUGUGUGUGUGUGUGUGUCUGUGUCACAGACACUCACAUGAUGUAAUGUAUAUGUGCAGUCAGAUAUUAGAUCAUAUAGGUGCAGUGAGUCUGAGUGCUGACACCAGCAUUGAGGAAAAUACAGUGACUGACCUAAAAGAGCAGUAAACUGUUGAUCAUCAAGGACUUUGAAUGUGUUUUUCUUCCACGUUGUUAGAGAUGCAAUGCUUACCAUUUGUAUAUUAGCAGAUUGAUGAAAGGGACCAACAAGACUGCUUCAGUUUUCAAUUUCCUGUAUGUAACAUUUACAGUGUCGCUUCUGAUCGGCCACCAGAGGGAGAGAGAGGUUACAGUGAAUAAAAAUGCUGCAACACAA